AUGGCGCCAGGCUCACUGAGCCCCGUCUACCUCCCGGACCUGGGCAGGUGUCUCUCCGGCGACCUGCUGCUACCAUCUUGGGACGAUCUCCUUGACGCACUACUUUCUCACGACGAUACGAGAUCAAGUCUUGCAGUAGAGAUUCUUUCGGGCGAUCGCCCCAAAAAGAUCCUGUCGCAGUCAUAUCCGUCUUUCCCAAAGCCCUCGCCCUCUUCGAAAACAGCAUUCGAUACAUCUAGCGCAGGAAUAAAGCCUUCCCCGGACUAUCUCUACGAUGUUGACCAGCUCAAGGCAGAUGCUCUGUGGCUCAGUCGGCAGGUGAACAUCGACGAAUUGGAAGCGUUUCGUCUCGCGAUCCUGGAAUGGCAAUAUAGUGCAGAGUCUCGGCUGCAAGAAGGCUAUUCUGAGGCUGAAGUUGCUAGUCUCAAGAGUGCCCUCGGAGCGGCCUUCGUGGACAAGCACUUGCAGGGUCCACAGUCACAGAGCGAGGAUGUCUUCAACAGCGAAGGCUCGCGCCGAACAAGGUUGGCACGCAGGUUUUUGCAAGAGAAGGUUACCAUUCUCCGGUUGCGCAAAGAGCUUCUAGAUACCAGUCUCCUGCCCGAGGCUGUGGGUGUCUCCUCUUCUCAACUGCGCAGUCUAGCGGCCGAAUUGCCUUCAGCACCACAAGACUCUAUUGCAGAUGAAGUUGAGACCGCUAUUAUUGCUAUUCGGGACCAGUUGAAAGACCUGGAGAAUGGGAGAACUUGGGAUCUUGACGAAUCCAACGUCUUGUUGUUGCGCGACAGUAGUGACACAUCAUCUUUGGAGACUAUCGGGGUUGUACUAGAGGUUUUGCUGCUGCGUGUACGACAGUCAAAGAUGACUGUAUCUUCAGCUGCUCUCGUCCAUUGGCUAGAACUGAUGUCCUCGGUCGGAUUCUUCUCCACGUUCACUUCACAAGUCAGUAGACAGCUGGCCGCGAUUCAGCAAAUCCAGUCGCUUGGGUCUUUUGUGUCGGCUGCUCUUUUCAACCUCGCAUCGACAAUCGCGAGCUUGAAUGAGACCGCAUCGUCUUCUCAGCAAAGACAGCAGAGCCGGCUCAGUGAAUAUCUCCACGACAUCGAGUCUAUUCACGAGUGCAACGAGAUAUUGGCCAAGCACGCAAUCCUUGGGAAUAUCCAGGCCGGUCCAGCGAUUCUUGCCUGGGCAAUCAUCGUCCACGAGAUAUGGACUUUGGCUAACACAAUAAAGGAGGCUCGAGAAAGCCACCAUGCCCAGAGGGCCAUAGAUGGAGUGUCUACCUUCGACACCGCGACCGGUCGACGGAGCUCUGGAAGUAGUGCUUCCACACAGCAAAGCAUUUUCGAAGACCUUCUGGACGGCAUCUCUAUGGGCAACUCCCAAGAAGACCCUUCCAGUCCACUGCUUGAUGCAACUAUUGACCAAUGCAACGUCUUCGAUUAUGUCACGCACCUUAGUGCGUCAGCACAGGAUCCAUUAAGCAUUCUCUCUGCGUUUGAACUACAAAUACUUCAAGAAUUGGUCACAGUCUCUCAGUCUUUCCUUGGAUACACACCAGAAUUGGUAUCAGCUCAGUUAGGUCUCUUGUCAAACACAUAUCGCGACAUUUCGAACAAACGACCAUAUGACCCAGCAGUUGAUUUUGUUGAGGACAAGUUUCUGCUCGCGGGGUUUUAUGAUGUCUCGGCAGCUCGCUUUCCAUACGAGUGUCUGCCUUUCCUACGGUUUUCACGAGCUCUAGCCAAAGCGGAUAUCUUUAACGAUCAGAGAAUUCACUAUGUGGAGUUUCGCCUUCGCAAUCUUACCACAUUCACCCAGGCAGCUGUCAAGGGUGUGCAGUACAAAAUAAUACGGGAAGAUGAGAGCGACAGUUUUGUCGCGCUGGAGAAGCCCAUCAAUAUGCUCGACCUGACACAGAACAGGUUGCUAGCAUUUUCCACCCGGGACACCUCUUCUUUAUCCGUGCUACCUGCGGACUCUGUUGGGCAAGUUAUCUCUGACCCUGAUGCUCCAGUCAAAAUCAUCAAAUGGGAAGUGAACUAUUCGUGUCUCUCGUAUAUUGGAAAACUGCUCGAAUGCCGAUACAUGAAAACACUCCAGACCUGUCUUUCGCCACACGAUGAUCAACAAGCAGUGGUGUCAGAAGGUAUAGGUCUUAUUGCAGAUUUGUUGUCCAGUAUCCUCCAGAAGGCCGCCGGAGAGGAGCCUACAGAAGAGGUGCGGCAGCACUGUGUCGCUAUCCUUGAAGAAUCGAGCAACCAGCUGCAGUCUGCUGGAAGUAUCGAGUCGCUUGUCUUCGAGAUCCUGGAGCAAGAGCUCCAGGCCUUCCGCCAGAGGUCAGUUGCAACCUUCAACUGCGACGUCUUACUAUCUUGUUUAGACUUCGUUAUUGUACUGAGCAAGAUCCAGCCUCAUAUGGUAUGGUCUGGAAUCAAUCGAACAAGCCUUCUUGGUCGUCAUUCGACUUCAACUUACAUCUUGGGGAUUGUAUCUGCGGUAGAAGUGCCUACAAGAACUUUUGUCUUUCUGGCGAAAUGUGCAGAACUCUAUCGAUCUCUCGUGGAGCUCACCUUACGAAGUUAUCGAUACGAUUCCAGCAUGAGUGGUGGUGUCACUUCGGUCAGACGACAUUCGAUGUUACCUACGACUCUGCGAACUCAAACCUCGAUCUUAUCAACCUCAACUGAGAUUAUGUUCAAUGCUUUCCAAGAGAUAUCUGAAUGGCUGUUUCAGUCUGCGGAGCAGCGGAAUCAUAUUGGCAGUCUUAUCAUGGACACAUUCUCUGAUAUAACCCGCUACGCCUUCGAUGUCGGGCAGGGUCUUGAUUCGAACACAUCGGUCACAAAUCCCUUUGUUGAACCUGCCAAAUACCUUGUUUCGUCGUUUCGAGACCCGAGCUUCGAUAAUGCAGCAAUUUCAUCCGUCCUUCGCUUUCUCGUCAUCAGGCAUCAUGAAACGUUCGGCACCACCCACGUGGACUCUCUAGAGCCACGUUUGGAAUCUGCCUUGUCUCUUGCAACAAUUCUGGUUCGUUUUGGAGACAUAGAAGAUGCUCAAUUUACAUCUGCCGAGUUACAUAUCUUCAACUCUAUGCCUUCUUUGAUACGACUUCUUCUGACGAAAAAGCUGCUGCGAAAACAAUGUCUGCGAUUGAUGCGAUCUAUUUUGACGGCAAUAGAACGCCAGAAACCCACUUCCUUGCUAGGGCAUUUAGGAUCCGCUUCCUGCAUCGACCUGCUCCAUCUCCUUAGACAUAUUGACCAAGAAUCUCAAUCUUUGGAGGAACGAUCUGAGCUGUGGAAGUUUCUUGCCUCCCUCGUGAAUGAUACCCAGCAAUGGCUAGCAACGGUAAUCCUGAAUGGCACUGUGCCGGACGGCCCAAGUCGAAUCAAGGAGGAAUCGGUGCGCACGAGACAUUUUCGCGGAAAGACAUUCUUGGUUUCUGCGAUCGAGGAACUCACAAACAUUCGUAACCUGUCUCAGGCGGUUGCCAUUCCCAUGCUAGACUUCGUCCUCGAAGCGCAGCAGAACUGGUCAUGGGUCACGGAAGAUGUCGCAUCUUCUUCAGGACUCGUAUCGAAGCUCAGCUCAUUCGUGUCACAAAGUGCGUGGAGCCAGUCAGACGAAACAGAACUUGCGAAAUGGAAUUUGAUUGCUGCUCGUGUUACGGAUAUCUCCAACCACCACUUACAUCAUGCAAAGGCGGCGAAAGACGUUAAUGACGUGAAAGCCUUUAUCCCGUUGCUUGAGUGGCUCACCUCAUACGCCGUCGAAGUCUCUCUCUACAAGUCUUCGCUGCAUGCAAACCUGAAGAAAAACUUCUCGGCAAAAUACACCGGCUUGUCGACUUUGGAUAUAAAAAGGACUGGAGUCACCGAACAAGAGUAUGGCCCUAAUUUCUACUACGACAUCGACUAUGCAGACAAAUUGCUCGCUGUCGAUCCACACUGGCGGGGGAGAAAGGUCCAGUCUGCCGAACAGUCCUUUACUGCCGAGUUUCGCAAGGCGAAUACGAACCUGUCUGUUGUUGAUUCUGAGUUGAAACUCCUAGCCAGUCUGCAGCGUCUCUGCGUGGAUCACUGUCGGUCUUUCGCUCGAGACCGAGAGUGCCAAAAAAUCAUGGCGCGUCUGGUCCGGGUUUGUCUGCAGUCAAAUGCAAGAGCAUAUCCUCCAGAGAGCAUCUUCGACUCGCUAUUUCAAACAAGACUAGACCUAUCUGUGGCGCUUUUGGGUGAGCUCCUCACCGCUGGAGCGAAAGGAGAGGAUUUCUACCAAUUAUUACAGCCUGCCUGGGACGCCGUAAGAUUCCGAAAUGGAUCUUAUGAGCAGGCAAUCAUCAACAAUGACUUGCCGUAUUGGCGAUCAACGCUGUAUACUCUCUUCAUGGCCAUGCAGUUCCAUGUAAAAAAGAAGACCAAGGCGACAUCUAUUCCCGGGACAAGCAACGCGAUCAUCCCGAUAGCAUCGACUAACACCACGUUCCUCGAAAUCACUAGUGACAUCAUUGCCAAAGGCUUCGAAUCGGUUGUCGGAGCUCUACAGGACCAGAAGCUCAACAAGAACAAGACCAGCAGUGAUGAGAACAGUCUCGUUGGACCACGCGAUGUCACUUUACUAUUGAUGCUUGCGCAAGCCAUCCUCAGAUUACCCACUCUCCCACAGUUUGUGGCUGAAAUGUCGGCGAGAAUCAUUAACUCUGGACUCUUAUCCUCAUGCUUGCUGCUGUAUUCUUGGUCGCAUUUGCUCACUAGGCCAGAUCUCGACGACCAGCCACGCUACGCGGAUUUUUGCGUUCAGUUACUAGCGUCACUCUCCUCCCUGCCACCCGUAGCGGAGCACAUGGCUGUUGAGGGCGUGCUAAGCCGGCUGAUGACCUCCAAGACAACCGAAUCCUUGCAACGAGUCCCGGGCGGUCUAUCCCAUGUCGAUCAAAGACCCGGCGGCGCUUUUCUCUACCGUGUAUGGGCAGCGGGAAUGCUCCCAUUAUGCUUGAAUCUCCUUCAUGGAGUUGGCGGAGCUAUUGCUGGAGAGAUCUCAAUUUUCCUCAAUCAAUUUCCCAAUCAACUGACCCGUGCCAGCACCAGCUUCAUGCUCGCACCUCAGACUAGAACUGAAGGGACAGAGCUGACUUUGACCGUGGCCAGUGAGGCGGCAACACUCGCUCUCAUAUCAUACAUCUUGUCGUCAUAUCGAGACGCUGGUGCUUCUGCAGCAGUUGACCCGACAACAGUACUGCCGUUAAAAGGCUACGACGAGCACCGGAAAGCCAUUGCAGAGGAUAUACGAGAUAUGAUAGCCUUGAAGGCAGAUGUUAGACGCAGAAUGACCGUGCCUGCUGAUGAAAGAGAAUCAAGUUGGCAAGACUCGAAUGAAGGAGAUAAACUGGAUGAAAAAAUUGUGAAUGAGUUGAAGAUAGCCUUGACAGCCCUAGGAAGGGAGGAUGAUGAUGACGAUAAGUGA